GAGUAACUAGCGCAGCCGGUUUGGAUCAAAAUACGAACUAAAACCAAAGCAAUUCGUAAUAAAUCUGACCCAGGACAGGAGGUUCAAUGCGCUAUCAAUGAGAACCGGUCGCAGCGCGCUGCCGCCGUUCAUUAUCACCCAAAAUUGAAUCCGAAACCCCCAGAUGGGAUGGUGUGUCACAGAGUCAAGCUCAUUGGACGAUUAAACUUAUGCUACAGAUACAGGAAUUAUUAAAUACGCGCAAUUAUUUCUGGUGGAGGCAAUUCAGCGCUCGUGCGCUCGUGCCGCACCUGGAGAGUAAGUGGAGGAAGUUGCCCGGCAGGUUUCCGCUGCUGCUGCUGCUGCUGCUGCUGCCCGACAGCUCCACUCGAUUAGAAAUCCAAUCCAGCCACAGACCGAAUCGUUCCGUUCCCCCAAAAAGCAGUACGCGUCUGGCUGGCGAGCACGAAAGGAGGAACAUGAACCUGUCUGUACUGUUGCUGCUGCUCCCGCUCCCGCUCCCGCUCCCGCUCCCAUUCGCCGCAGGGGCCAAGCCUGCCAUCAGUCCGCUGUCGCAGCGCGGCAUCAUCUUUCCCAAGGAGUCCUUUGACGACUGCUUCCUGGACGAUGCCAGGCAGCUGGCUGGCAGCUGUAAGCUAAUGCAGGACUGCCCGCCGGCACUGAAGCGUUGGCUGGACAAGCGGGAAUCGCCCAAGACCUGCUAUUUUGUUAAAUUCGAUCACUACAUUUGCUGUGAGCCGGAUAAACAGCCGCUGAUCGACACAACAACAACAACAACAGAGAGACCCACACUGCCCCCGCUGACGUCUCCCAAGAAGCGCCCCAGCGUGCUGGCGUGCUAUGACUACAACAAUGUGAUACAGCUGAACGAGCGCGACAUUACCUUUGUGGUGUCUGUGGUGGGGGGGAAGCCGACAGCCUACCGGGAGUUCCCCUACAUGGCCGCCCUCGGCUGGCGUUCCAAUUUCGAUGAGCGGAUCUACUAUCGCUGCGGCGGUGCCCUGAUCUCACCCACAUACGUACUCACGGCGGCCCACUGCAUCGACUUUGGCGGCGCGCUGCCCAGCCAGGUGCGCUUGGGUGGCGACAAUCUAACCCUGGCCGAUGGUGAGGAUUUCAACAUCAAGCGCGUUGUCAUCCAUCCGGAGUACAAUGCCACUGCGGCGUACAAUGACAUUGCCCUGCUGGAGCUGCAGCUGAACGACCAGUUGCAGGCGCCUUCGCUGCGUCCCACCUGCUUGUGGAGCGAGCAUGAGCUGGCCGAUCCGGAGCUGAUCGCCAUUGGCUACGGCCAGACGCGCUUUGCGGGCCUCUCCUCGUCCCAGCUGCUGAAGGUGCCCCUGCAGCAUGUGGACAACGAGCAGUGCCAGAUCCACUAUCCCGCCGAGACUCUCUCGCUGGGCGUGGUGGCCACGCAGCUGUGUGCUGGCGAUGUCACACGGCAGCGGGACACGUGCCAGGGCGACUCCGGGGGCCCGCUGAUCAUGCAGAACGGACCCAUCGGCUACGUGGUGGGUAUCACAUCGCUCGGCCAGGGCUGUGCCAGCGGGCCGCCCUCUGUGUACACCCGCGUAUCCAGCUUUGUGUCCUGGAUCGAGGGCAUUGUGUGGCCCGAGCGAAUGCCACAAGGACCUGCGCCCGAAUUCGAUCUGAGAGGAACGCUCUGAAUCAGUAUCUGUAUCUGAAUCCGCGCAGCUUGCACAAUCAAUUAUAAUUAUUUAUCUAUUAAUUCAUUAAGAAAAUAAACAGAAUAUUUCGCACCA